CGGGAUCCCCGCGCCUUUUCGCUACGUCAGGACGGAGGGAAAUCCCCGCUGGACUCGCAGCCGCGCUUUUAGCGCCGCGCUCCGCCCCCGGGCCGGCAGAACGCUGCUGCCGCCGGCCCGAGAGCAGCCUGGGCGCUGCGUGCCCCGCGGAACCGAGACCGAGCUCCCCGUGUCCUGCCGAGCCUGGGCACCCCGAACCGUGACCCGCCGAACCGAGCCUGGGCGCCCCGUGCCGAACCUCGCCGAGCCCCGGAGCUCCGUGCCCCGCCGAGCCUCAUCCCGCCGCCGCGAUGAUGCCUGGCCGGACCCUGCGCAAAGCCGCGCCGCCAGCCGCCCCUGCAGGGCGCGAGGCGGCGGUGGAGUGCGCCCUGGAGCUGACCCGCAUCGGCGACAGGUGGGACCUGCGGCAGAGGCUCCUGAACCUGCUCGCCAAGCUGUUCUGCCCCGGAGCGUGGGCUGCCCGCCGGCACGGCGAGAGGAACGGAGGACGACCUUGGCUUUGCGGGUUUGGAAGAAGAGGCUCCACAGACAUUGGGAGAUGAAGAAACAAACCUCAAAUCUCGCUGCAUUGUGUUUCCAGCGCUUCAGCCGCUGGAGGAUGGCUAUCACAUGUUUUCUCUGAAGAAUGUUACAGCAAUACUGGCGUAUGAAUGCCAGGUGGGGAAAAAAGAUAAUGAUGGGCCGAGCCCCUAAACUGUGCAGUGGUGACUUGGGGCAAGCCGGUGAUGUGGGGAGAUUUGGGACAAGACUGAACUUGCCCUUCACCAUGGUCUGAGAACGCUUUCAGGAACCCAGU